CGCCGCCUCCGCCAGCAUCUGGGCGGGCUCCGGCGCUGGUCUUUUGAGGAGGGGUUGUGGAGUAGGGACAGGAAUCCUGGGGAUUUUUGGGGUCCCCUCUGGUUUGGCCUUCGCGGCGCUUCUGUCUCAGGGAACUCGCUCAUGGCUUUCUUGAUGAAGAAGAAAAAAUUCAAAUUCCAAACCACUUUCACCCUGGAGGAGUUGACCGCAGUCCCCUUCGUGAACGGGGUUCUUUUCUGCAAGAUCCGGCUGCUGGAUGGCGGGGAUUUUGUCAGCUUGUCGUCAAGGGAAGAGGUGCAGGAGAACUGUGUCCGGUGGCGGAAGAGGUUCACCUUUGUGUGUAAGAUGAGUGCCAACCCGGCCACUGGCCUGCUGGACCCCUGCGUCUGCCGAGUGUCCGUGCGCAAGGAGCUGAAAGGCGGGAAAGCUUAUUCCAAGCUGGGCUUUGCUGACCUGAACCUGGCCGAGUUCGCAGGCUCAGGCUCCACGGUGCGCUGCUGCCUGCUGGAGGGCUACGAUACCAAGAACACACGCCAGGACAACUCCAUCCUCAAGGUCACCAUUGGCAUGUUCCUGCUCUCUGGAGACCCCUGCUUCAAGACGCCACCGUCCACUGCCAAGUCCAUCUCCAUCCCGGGCCAGGACUCCUCCUUGCAGCUGACGUGUAAGGGUGGCGGGACCAGCACUGGAGGCAGCAGCAACUCUCUGACUGGGUCCCGGCCCCCUAAGGCACGACCCACCAUCCUUAGCUCAGGGCUGCCAGAGGAGCCGGAGCAGAACCUGUCCAGCCCUGAGGAGGUGUUCCACUCUGGCCACUCCCGCAACUCCAGCUAUGCCAGCCAGCAGUCUAGGACCUCAGGCUGCAGCACGGAGCACUCACGCUCCUCCAGUCUUUCGGACCUGACACACCGCCGCAACACAUCCACCAGCAGCAGUGCCUCAGGUGGCCUCAGCAUGACCGUGGAGGGCCCCGAGGGCAGUGAGCGGGAACACCGGCCCUCCGAGAAGCCACCACGGCCACCGCGGCCCCUGCACCUGUCAGACCGCUCGUUCCGGCGGAAGAAGGACUCGGUAGAGAGCCAUCCAACCUGGGUGGAUGACACACGCAUUGACGCCGACACCAUUGUGGAGAAGAUCAUGCAGAGCCAGGACUUCACCGACGGCAGCAACACAGAGGACAGCAACCUCCGGCUGUUCGUGAGCCGUGACGGCUCCACCACGUUGAGUGGUAUCCAGCUAGCCAACAGGGUUUCCUCCGGGGUCUACGAGCCGGUGGUGAUCGAAAGCCACUGAAGAGCCGGCGUCUGGGCUGAAGAAGGUUACAGAGCCGCACUGUUCCGUGAGGGACCACGUGCAGAAGUCAGCCUCCCGUGGAUUCGCACCUACGCCUGCCUGUGCCCAAGUUGUCAUUCCAUCGUCCUCCCCGUCCUCACUGGGACCCCCUGGCCUGGCCAGGCCCCAGACACCACUGUGAAUAUCCUCCUCCGAACCACU